AUGGAGACCGAACCUGUUCAAUUGGACGGAAGGACCUUGGAGGGAGGCGGGCAGUUGCUGCGACUCUCUUUAUCGCUUGCUUCCUUGCUACGAGUGCCUAUAGAGCUCUCACACAUAAGAGGUAGGCGCGGUCCUAAAACUAAUGUAGGCAAAGUUGGAGGUAUGAAGCCAGCGCACUUGGCUGGGGCUCAGUGGCUUGCCAAAGCCACCGCCGCUUGCACAGAUGGCAUGGAGAUUGGGAGCACGAAGUUGCUUUUUCGCCCACCUUGUACCGAAUCGUCUGCGCUGAAUCAUGAGAUCGGGGUAUGGAAAGAUAUCUUCGAACAAGGGAAGGUUGCUCGGCAGGAAACAUGUAUCUCCAUGUCAACACCAGGUUCGAUUGCUUUAAUUCUGCAGACCAUCUUGCCGCACCUUUUGUUCGGCAUGCCGUCGUCCAUGCCUCUUCGUGUCAACAUUGAAGGAGGCACGAAUGUCUCCAAAUCACCCUCUAUUGAUUAUGUUGUCCACGUACUCCUUCCCUUACUCCACGAAAAAUUGCAAAUCCAAGAAGUCGGCGUCAGAGUCCACGCGCGUGGAUGGAGUGCUGGACGCAGCAGUGUAGGCUACGUUAGUUUCGAUAUCACUCCCGUAGCGGCAGGACCAAUUCCAGCUUUCCAGAUAUCGCGGCGAACUACUGUCACUCGCAUAGACGUGAUUCUAUUAGCAUCCGGUAAUGAUAACCGCCUGGCGAUUCAAAAUGAAGUGAUAGCACGGCUUCAAACCCUGCUGCCAGGAGUGACGGUGGAUUACGCAAAAGAAGAAGACUCAGGUGAUGUUAAAAGGGCCUACCUGAUGCUUAUUGCAGAGACAGACUCUAGACAACGAUUAAGCAGUGAUGGGCUUUAUGAAGCGAAGAGUAUCCGAGGUCGUGGUAAGCGCAAAGGCGAGGUCAGUAUCGACCUUUUGGACAGGUUAAGAGAAUUUGUGUCCAGAGUGAUAGACGGUCUUCAAGCAGAGCUCGCUCAUGGUGGCGGUGUAGAUCAAUUUAUGCAGGACCAGAUUGUGGUUUUUCAGACCCUGGCAAGAGGAUGCGCCAAGGUCGACACUGGCUCUAUACAGCCGACACUCCAUACACUUACCGCUCGAUGGGUGGCUAGUAAACUACUAAAUGUUCAUUUCGAUGACCAUGGUCACUGCGAAGGCAUAGGCUUUCGAAAAGCUUACCCAGAUGAAAUUGAAGCGGACGGGCAGAAGAACAGGACUUUGCAAGACCUGGCGCGGCUGGACCUGCACGACAAUAUAUGA